AAAUGGGGAUCAGGCCCUGGCACAGCUGCCCAAGGAGAUGGUGGACUCACUGUCCCUGGGGGUGUCCGAGGAGUUCCUGGAUGUGGCACUCGGUGCUCUGGUCUGGGGAGGGGACAUAGGUUGGACUCGAUGAUCCCAGAGCUCUUUUCCAUCCUCAGUGCUCCUGGGAUUCUGUGCUGGCAUCCUCGUUUGUGUCCUGAGCCAUUGAGGUCAGAGGAGACUUUGUGUCACCCUCAGGCCUCUGAAAAGCGACUCUUGAUGGAAGAACACGGAGUGACGCAGGCAGAGCACAUGGCUACCAUCGAGGCGCACGCCGUGGCCCAGCAGGUGCAGCAGGUGCACGUGGCCACCUACACGGAGCACAGCAUGCUGAGCGCCGACGAGGACUCGCCCUCCUCGCCCGAGGACACCUCCUACGACGACUCCGACAUCCUCAACUCCACGGCGGCCGACGAGGUCACCGCUCACCUGGCGGCUGCAGGCCCUGUGGGGAUGGCAGCAGCUGCUGCUGUGGCAACAGGGAAGAAAAGGAAGCGGCCUCACGUGUUUGAGUCCAACCCCUCCAUCCGGAAGAGGCAGCAGACUCGUUUGCUCAGGAAGCUGCGGGCCACGCUGGAUGAGUACACCACCAGAGUGGGGCAGCAGGCCAUCGUCCUGUGCAUCUCACCCUCCAAACCCAACCCUGUCUUCAAAGUGUUCGGUGCUGCACCCCUGGAGAAUGUGGUCCGCAAGUACAAGAGCACCAUCCUGGAAGACCUGGAGUCGGCGCUGGCCGAGCACGCCCCGGCCCCCCAGGAGGUCAACUCAGAGCUGCCCCCCCUCACCAUCGACGGCAUCCCCGUCUCCGUGGACAAGAUGACCCAGGCACAGCUGAGAGCCUUCAUCCCCGAGAUGCUGAAGUACUCCACGGGUCGUGGGAAGCCAGGCUGGGGCAAGGAGAGCUGCAAGCCCAUCUGGUGGCCCGAGGACAUUCCGUGGGCCAACGUCCGCAGCGACGUCCGCACGGAGGAGCAGAAGCAGCGGGUGUCCUGGACCCAGGCCCUGAGGACCAUCGUGAAGAACUGCUACAAGCAGCACGGGCGCGAGGACCUGCUGUACGCCUUCGAGGACCAGCAGACGCCGCAGACCACGACCACGCACAGCAUCGCCCACCUGGUGCCCUCCCAGACCGUGGUACAGACCUUCAGCAACCCCGACGGCACCGUGUCCCUCAUCCAGGUGAGAGCAGCCCCCUGGCUCCUGCAUUUCCAGCACCGUUUAAACCACCAGGAGCGGACACUGCAGAACUCUAUGAAAACCAACCCAUUUGUCUCUUGUGGGAAGCAGGCACCCCUGGAGGGUGCUGCUGAUCCUACAGCCUGUGUUCCCUGGCAGGUGGAGCAGAACUGGGCGACGCUACAGGGCGGGGAGAUGACCAUCCAGACGACGCAGGCCUCGGAGGCCACGCAGGCGGUGGCUUCCUUGGCCGAGGCGGCGGUGGCGGCGUCGCAGGAGAUGCAGCAGGGAGCCACUGUCACCAUGGCACUCAACAGUGAAGCCGCUGCCCACGCCGUAGCCACGCUGGCCGAGGCCACCCUUCAAGGAGGGGGACAGAUUGUCCUGUCUGGGGAAACUGCAGCAGCAGUGGGGGCACUCACAGGAGUCCAGGAUGCCAAUGGGCUGGUGCAGAUCCCGGUCAGCAUGUACCAGACGGUGGUGACCAGCCUGGCGCAGGGCAACGGCCCCGUGCAGGUGGCCAUGGCGCCGGUGACCACGCGCAUCGCCGACACGGCCGUCACCAUGGACGGCCAGGCCGUGGAGGUGGUGACCCUGGACCAGUGACCCCGGCCCCCUCGCCUGCUCUCCUCCACUCUUUUUUGUUCUACGCCUCUCCAGAGAUGCAAUCAGGUUGGCAUUUGAGUCUCCCGGCUUUGGAAAUGAAAAAGGUUUUUUUUGACCUUUUUUCUUUUUUUUUUUUUUUUUUAAAUCGAGAAAAAUAGAAAAAAAAAAAAACACAAACAGAAAAACAACCAGAUCCUGGCAGAGGAUGUGUGUAAAGUGCAUUUUUCUAGCGCCACUCUGCUCUCGGAGGAACGAGAAGCCAAAUUGUGACGGGACUUUGAUUCUGAGGAGGUUGGAAAGAAAACGAAAAUGAAAAUAAAGCAACCCUUUACGCCCCGUUUUCCCCCACGUGGGAUCGAGCAGGAGGAGGCUGGGGGGCAGCACGGACACCCUCAGCCAGCACCGACCUCGACAGCAAAUUAGGUAUCAAAGAUUUUAAUAUGGACUUUUAUAUUCCAAAAAAAAAAACCCGCCCUGGAAAAACAAAAACACAAAAAAAAAAAAAAAAAAAGGAAAAAAAAAAAAAGA